AUGGCAACUGCUGUGGCUGCUGCUCAGGGCAGCACCGACAUUGUGCAGGAGAAGGCUACAGGACCUCUCAAGACUCCUAUCGCCGCCCCAACGGCGAGCAGCAAGCCGGAGCCGCGGGUUCCUCUGACCGUUGACGAGAAGGAGAAGUACGAGUGGCUGCUUGAGCAGGUCAAAGGAUGGACAGAGAUCAAGUCUGACAAGGGCAAAUCUGGCCCUCUGACGGACAGUGAGCGGAUGUGGUUGACCAAGGAAUGUUUGCUGAGGUAUCUAAGAGCUACCAAGUGGCACCAGAAGGAGUCUCUGAAGCGACUGCAUGAUACGGUUCAAUGGAGGAGAGAGUACGGCGUCGAGGAGCUGACCGCCGAACACAUCUCUCCCGAGAACGAGACUGGCAAGCAGAUCCUCCUCGGGUUUGAUAAGGAGGGACGCCCGUGCCAUUAUUUGAACCCGGGACGACAAAACACCGACCCCACGCCACGACAGGUGCAGCAUCUGGUGUUUAUGGUGGAGCGCGUUAUCGACCUCAUGCCUGCCGGACAAGAGAUGCUGGCGCUGCUCAUUAACUUCAAAACGAGCAAGUCCCGCUCAAACACCGCCCCGGGCAUUAGCACCGGCCGCGAGGUCCUACACAUCCUCCAGACACACUACCCCGAGCGGCUGGGCCGGGCCCUCAUUAUCAACGUUCCCUGGGUCGUCUGGGGCUUCUUCAAGCUCAUCACUCCUUUCAUCGACCCCCACACCCGAGAGAAGCUCAAGUUCAACGAGGACAUGACGCAGUACGUGCCCAGCGAGCAGCUCUGGACCGAGUUCCAAGGCAAGCUCGAGUUCGAGUAUGACCACGACGUCUACUGGCCGGCUCUGCAGAAGCUGGCCAAGGAGCGUCGAGAGGCAAGGACCCAGCGCUGGAUUGAAGGUGGAAAGCAGAUUGGAGAAUCCGAGGACUAUCUGGCUGGUUCUCUCGAACACGGGGUGGCCGGGCCCCCGAAGACCGAGGCUGCUGUUGCCAUUGAGACCCCCAAGGCUGAGGAGAAUGCAGCCGAUGCUAAAGUCGAGGACCUGAAAGUGGACGAGCUGAAGAUCACUGAAGAAGCCAAGGAGGCUGCUUCAUGA